AGGCAUGCUUCCCAAGACCAGGUAACAUUUCAUUUGUUGUAUUUCUAGUUCCCAGCACCAACUCACCAACGAAGAUUUUACCAAAAACCUUAGGACCAAUAAAUGUGAAUGUUGGACCCCAAAUGAUUAUAAGCACACCAUAGAGACUAACCAGUUCAGGAAGCGUUCUGACUGGGAAUCCAUACACCCCUGCACCAGCAAUGGUUACUCACACACAUAGCAGAAGCUGCUGGCUGGGUCCCUGGUGAUAGGAAACGGGCUAGAGAAUUUCUAGACUCUGAUUUUUCAGAAAGUAAACGAAGCAAAAAAGGAGAUAAAAAUGGAAAAGGCUUGAGACAUUUUUCAAUGAAAGUGUGUGAGAAAGUUCAGCAAAAAGGCACAACAUCAUAUAAUGAAGUAGCUGAUGAGCUGGUGUCAGAGUUCACCAAUUCAAAUAACCAUUUGGCAGCUGAUUCGGCUUAUGAUCAGAAGAACAUUAGGCGAAGAGUUUAUGAUGCUUUAAAUGUGCUGACGGCAAUGAACAUAAUUUCAAAGGAAAAAGAAAUCAAGUGGAUUGGCCUACCUACCAACUCUGCUCAGGAAUGUCAAAACCUGGAGAUGGAGAAGCAACGGCGGAUAGAACGGAUAAAGCAGAAGCGGGCCCAGCUGCAAGAGCUUCUCCUGCAGCAAAUUGCUUUCAAAAACCUGGUACAGAGAAAUCGUCAAAAUGAACAGCAGAAACAGGGACCUCCAGCUCUGAACUCCACCGUCCAGUUGCCAUUUAUUAUCAUCAAUACAAGCAGAAAAACAGUUAUAGACUGCAGCAUCUCCAGUGAUAAGUUUAAAUAUCUUUUUAAUUUCGACAACACCUUUGAAAUCCAUGAUGACAUAGAAGUACUGAAGCAGAUGGGAAUGUCCUUUGGCCUGGAAUCGGGCAAGUGCUCUCUGGAGGAUCUGAAACUUGCUAAGUCCCUGGUGCCAAAGGCUUUAGAAGGUUAUAUCACAGAUAUCUCCACAGGACCUUCUUGGCUAAAUCAGGGACUACUACUGAACUCUACCCAAUCAGUUUCAAAUUUAGACCUGACCUCUGGUGCCACCUUACCCCAAUCAAGUGUAAACCAAGGGUUAUGCUUGGAUGCUGAAGUGGCCUUAGCAACCGGGCAGCUCCUGGCCCCAAACAGUCACCAGUCCAGCACUGCCGCCUCUCACUGCUCUGAGUCCCGAGGUGAGACCCCCUGUUCGUUCAACGAUGAAGACGAGGAAGAUGAUAAUGAGGAUUCCUCCUUCCCAGAAUAAAGACGGGAGAAAGCCUACGUUGUAAUGUUUGAUGCUCAUGUGUGUUUUUAGUGUGAGCUCUUGUUUUUGAAAUGAUUGCUUCAGUCUUUGCCUUUGCCCUGUGUGUUCAGUGAAAACUAGAGAAACACGAUAAGCAAUUUACAUGAAGGCUGAGAAGACUGAGAGGAAAGUUAACAUAGUGUGAAUGAGAACUCUGCCCAACAGAGCAGUAGGUCAUAUUGCAAACAGAGCAUGAUUUCUGAGGAUGUAGAGGGGAAGCAUCCCCACAGAACUGGCAGUGUGAGUGAAGCUCCUUGAUCUUCCGUGUGGCGGGGGCUUUGUACUCCCCACACCUGUGUAAUCAUUCUUAGAAUUGAGGUUACUCCAAGGAACCGUCCUUGACCGUCGUGCUUCGGAAGUUUCUCUCCCUCUCCCGGGCUGCCUGCUACAAGGCAGAAAUGAAUACGAAACAUCUCCAGUGGGAGAGUCGUGCAGUCAGGGGCGUGGAGGGCGAUGCUUGUGGCCUGAGGAGCACAUGUUGAACUGCUGGACUAGUUGAAAGUCUAGUUGAGGUGCUUUACGCAUCAGCUGCCUUAGACAGCUUCUAGAAAGGAGCAAGCGCUAAUUUUUAAGUACUUAAGUGAUAUUUAGAAUAAUUUAUAGUAAAACUGAAAUUAUCAUUAUUAGCCAAUGCAUUGGUGCAUAGAAUUUACUAGGGCUACUUCUGGAAGCCAACAUAGAAUAGCAUUUCCAUGUGCAUUAAUACUUUGCCAGCACUGCCUUUUGCCAGCAUUCUGGAGUUUUACAGAGAAGGGAACCCUAUCUGUAAUUUUAAUCAAAGCUAUGCAUUUCACACAGCUUUUUCAUUUAAAACAAAACAAAACAAAUUCCUAUGACCAGAUUGUUUGCCUACAGUUCCCUCAGUAAUUGUAUGAUGUCACCUAGUGUGCAAUUUGUGAAAAUGAACCAAAUGUCAUUACUUUUGUCUUAAAAGUCUAUUUCAAGAA